AUGACCUUCCUCAUCCUCAUGUUCGGCGCCUUUGCUGCGAUUGUCGCAGUCAUCGCCCCAUACCAGCAUCGUCGACUGCCUUCCUGGCCCUACAGCAUCACUAUCAAUGCGCUCAUCGCCGUUUUUACCGUAAUCCUGAGAGGCUCUAUCCUUUUCAUAGCGACAAAAACACUCAGCCAGCAAAAGUGGAUUUGGUUCGGUAGUCCCAAAGCGCGGCCAUUGAUUGACCUUUCUAGGUUUGACAAUGCGUCGAGAGGGCCAUGGGGAUCGUUCCUUCUUGUACUUAGCUUGCAUGGGAGGAGUCUCCUGGCAACGCUAGGAGCUUUGAUCACUGUCCUCACCAUUGCUAUCGACCCCUUUGCUCAACAAGUCGUCCACUAUUAUUCCUGCAGUCAAGCAUUCACCGAUGUGAAUGCUACCAUGCCACGCACCGGUCUAUUUCAGGAAGCUGGAAGCAUUCAGCUUCGAGUCAACGCGAACACGGUGACUCCAGGCCUAGCGUCGGCAAUCAAUGCAGGCGUCUUCUCUGCGGAAGCGGCUAUGCGGAUCACCUCGGACUGCCCUAGUGGGAACUGCCAGUUUCCCGAACCUUACCACACGCUUGGCUAUUGUUCGAACUGCAGCGACAUUUCCGAUCAGGUCAAGGUCACAAAUUUCGACGUGCCGUAUACAUUCCUCAACGAGACAAGCAUCAUACAGGCGUUGAACACUUCCCUCCCUUCUGGCUACAACACGCAAUACGUCACCUUUGAGAACGCAACAUAUCUGGUGACAGGUGUUUUAGAUCCAAGUGUCAUUGAGCCCGGCACUAACGCGCCCAGUCCCUUUGCUCUCACCCAUGAGAAGGACUUCCAGAUCCUGUACGGGGCAUAUACGGAUGAUAAUGUGAACAGUGGCAUGUCACAUCCUACAUGUUCCGAAGCUGAGAAGCACGAUGCUCAAACAGAAUGGGGAUGUCGCGGCUAUGGUGCGGCUCAAUGCUCUCUAGUACCGUGCAUCCGCACGUACAAAGCAGCAGUCUCCAACGGCACCGUCUCCGAAACUCUCAUGUCCACGUCCAGGGACUGGGGAUACAGUUAUCGCGUUUCCAAGGCCUCUGUCCACGUCCCCUGCCUCAGCGCCCAACAGAAGAGCGCCCUAAAAGACCAAGGCUACCCUAUCACCGAUUCCAUGAUCUGGCUCCCCUACGACCAUAACAUUGACCCAUCAACCGGUCUGUGGGAACUCAAUGCAACGUAUGGUACCAACCAGUCGGCCACCGACAUCGUCCCGCCAAAGUGUCUGUACGAGUUUUUCUUCCUGUCCAUGACAAGCAUCAACGAGUACCUGCAAAGCCAAAUCUUCAACGGCACCGUCACGGCGUACGGAUCGGAUGGACGCGCCGCCUUCACCAGCACGAACCCAGUGGUCGCUGCCAUUUAUAACGGCGGGAACAUCUCAUUCCCACAUGUCGAGUCUCUGUUUGAGAACAUCUCCCUGGCAAUGACGAGCUAUAUCCGCCAAAACAGCAACGGCACGUAUCUGGGCAGGUAUUUCCAAGUCAGCAACACGAGCGUCUCGUUCGAGCCCAAUUUCCUGGCUCAGGGAGUAAUUUUUCAACAAGACACGUGCGUCGAGGUCCGCUGGCCGUGGUUGAUCCUCCCGGGCACUUUGGCCGUGCUUACAGCUCUAUUCCUCUGCGCGACCAUCAUUGAGACGUCGCUCGCUCGUGCUCGUCCUGAUAGCUCGUCACUGAAAGAUGGUUCGGCAGCGGAAGGUGGAAGCCAAGGCGGUGGACCCACACAUCGCCGAGCAGCCGUGUGGAAAGAAUCUCUUCUUCCACUCCUCUACCACGGUUUAGACGAGAAGGUAAGGGAGGAACACGACACUUCUGGCUUGACGCCCAUUGAUGAACUCGAGAAAUGGGCAAGGGCGCUCAACGUCAGAAUGGACAAUGGAGAAAAGGGCUGGAAGUUUGUCAAAGUCGACUAG